CUCUAUGAUAAAAAAAUAAAAAAUAAAUAAAUAAAAAUAAAAUAAUAAAUAAAAAUGAAAAAUGCACCUAAACGAUAUGACCAACAGCUUUGCCAUACACAGCAGUUCAUGCACGUUCUAUAUACCGCAAUAAACCACUAGUUACGCGAAAAUCCCAACGAGACUCACACAAACACUACAACAACACCAUUGCCAUUGCGCUGCAGCGUAUAUCGACAAACAGCGAAAAUAAUGUUUGCCCAAACAGAAUCGCAAAAGACGAGCUUCCUGGAGCAGACGAAGGCGGCCAGGGAGGAGCGGGCGCUGGAGAAGCGCCGUGAGUCGGCCGCCAUCCUGCUGCAGUCUACACUCAAAGGAUAUGCGUCGCGCCGGAAAUAUCAGAAGCGUAUCAUCAACGACUUUGAUGCGGUAUUUGUGCCCGGACAGGAUGACAAGGAUACGGAACUGGAGCUGACUGCCGUUAAUGUGUAUCCUGUGCUCCGUCGGUAUCUCACGCAAAUCAAACUGGACAAGAAGGAUAUGAAGGCACGCGAGCGUCUAGAGAUCAUCUGCCGCUAUGUCAACAAGGCCAUGGAGGCGGAGAAUCCAAGGCUCUCCUACGCGGCCCUCUGCCUGCACAAGGAGCGCAGUCUACCCUGGAUCGCGCACAUCAAGCUAUUGCUAACCAACUGCCUGCUGCUGCUGCCGGAGCUCAAGCCUGAGAAUCAUGCCGACAGCCUGUCGCUUGCCCUCUUCCUGCACACCCUGAUUGUGUUUACUGCCCCCAAAUCCUGGGCCAUACUGCGGAAUGCCACAUUUGGAGGCCUCCAGCCUGCCAUGCAGAAGGUCUGCUGCAACAUUCAGGGGCACCUGGUGCAGCACGGUUUCUACAGAUCCAUGCGGCUGGUUCUGCUGCGGGGAACGGCACGCGAGGAAUUGUCCGUGAAAUCCGUGACCCUCGUGGCCAUUAUCACGCUCUGUCUGCGCCCGCUGAUCGACGGAGACUACAGUCGCAACCUGUUGAGCCAGUUUCUAUCGGAGAUUCUCUCUGUGCCGGCUCUGAUAUAUCACUUGAAUCAGAGCGUGCCCCAGUGCAUAGAACAAUUCUCGUCUAUGGGCCUGCUGAAGAAGGCAUUGAGCAUCUCCGAGGACUUCCAAUGGUUCGAGGAGUUCGGUGCCAGUAUGCCGGGAACCAAGUCCCUGGCGUUCUUGGGCAACAUUGUCAACCUGUUCAACAUUGAUGGCCAGGCGGAGGCCAAAGUACUGGCCUAUCCAUUACUGAUUGAAACCACCACAACGCUGCUGGAACUGAUACCCAACACGGUGAGCACCAAAGGAGUGUUCACGCAAUGGCACGAGCUGCUUGGCUGGCACACACCCGGCACGGAGCCCGCCCAGAAUCAGAAUGUGGCACUAAUCAAGAAGCAAUUCCAUAUGCUGUGGGACAGCCGCUGCAUUAAGGUGCUCCUGGGAGAUGUCCUGAAGGAAAUCAAUGUCAACUACGAGCGCAUCGAGUUCCAGUCUCCCCAGCAGCCAUCCACAUCGAAUUUGCUGCGACGCGCCCUAGAGCGCAGCUCCAAUUGCGGUGUCACACUCAUUGGCGGCAGCACAGCCAGCAAGCAGAGCAAGCAGGCCAAACAGCCGUGGCGGAAGCUGGACAAUGCCGAUGUGGUGCAUGUGUCGCGCAUUUGUGGCAUGUACUAUGCGGCCCUCAGCACGCUCUCCCAAAUGAAGUUGGACAUUUUGACGGGAAUCUGCUACAACGACAAUGUGCUCUACGACAUCUGGCUGCUGCUGACGUCGCUGGGCCCAAACUGCGGCAUGAAGGAGUAUUUGGAUCUGCUGAGGAGCGAGACCAGCCUCCAGAAGCCGCAGACAGCCAUGCUGAUGCUAUUCUGCGACUGCAUGACGCACUAUGUUACAAUUCUCGACGAGUAUGAGAUGUACACGGAGCAGAAUCCCUUUCGGCUAAACGAUUAUGUCAUGCUGACAUACUUUCUGAACAAUAUGCUGUACAAGCUGAUCAACGAUAACAUUUUGGGCGCCAAGAACAUUGUUCAGAAUCCGGUAUUUCUCUCGCUGCACACUCUCCUGCUCUGUCUGUAUCGUCGCGACUGCAGGCGAACGUUUACGCCAACUAAUCAUUGGCUCAUACCGGAAGUAAAGCCUUCCACGUUCAUCAACGAUUUGGAGAAGGCCAAGCGGAAUGCCAUGCUGCUGCUGGCCAAGAUGCCGCACAUAAUACCGCACGAUGAUCGCGUCAAGCUGUUCCGCAAAUUCGUGCAAAACGAAAAGGCUGUUAUGGGGCUGACGGAGAGCGCCUGUGCCUCGCCGCGCUCGGCGCUGAUCGUCAUCCAUCGGGAGCGUAUUGUGGAGGAUGGAUACCGACAGCUGGCCGCCCAGCCCACGCAUGCCCUCAAGGGCGUCAUCCGGGUGCGUUUCAUCAAUCAGCAGGGACUGCACGAGGCAGGCAUCGAUCAGGACGGUGUGUUCAAGGAGUUCUUGGAGGAGACAAUCAAGAAGGUGUUCGAUCCAUCGCUGAAUCUGUUCAAAACCACCUCGGAUCAACGACUCUAUCCAUCGCCGAUCUCCUACGUGCAGGACAAUCACCUGCAGCUCUUUGAGUUCGUGGGCCGCAUGCUGGGCAAGGCCGUCUACGAGGGCAUCGUGGUGGAUGUGCCCUUCGCCUCGUUCUUCCUCUCCCAGCUGCUGGGGCAGACGCAGCAGGCCCUCUACUCCUGCAUGGAUGAGCUGCCCUCGCUGGACGCCGAACUCUAUCGCAGUCUCACCUUCAUCAAGCACUACAAGCAGGAUGUGGCCGAUCUGAAUCUGACCUUCUCCGUGGAUCAGGAUGUGAUGGGCAAGAUUGUCACCCACGAACUGCAUCCCGGUGGCAAGGGGCGUGUGGUCAACGAUCACAACAAGCUGGUCUACAUCCACUACAUGGCCUACUUCCACAUGAACACCCAGAUCCGCGAGCAGACCCAGGCCUUCAAUCGAGGCUUUCGCAGCAUUGUCAAUCCCGAGUGGCUGUCGCUCUUCUCGCCCCCGGAGCUGCAGCGUCUCAUCUCGGGCGACACGGCGCCAUUGGAUUUGAGAGAUUUGCGCAAGCAUACGCAGUAUUAUGGCGGAUUUCAUGACUCGCAUCGCGUGGUUGGCUGGCUCUGGGACAUUCUCGGAAAGGAUUUCACAGAGGAAGAGCGCAAGCUGUUCCUGAAGUUUGUGACCAGCUGCUCGAAGCCUCCGCUGCUGGGCUUUGCCCACCUGGAGCCGCCCUUCUCCAUUCGCUGCGUGGAGGUGGGCGACGACGAGGACACUGGCGACACCAUAGGCAGUGUGAUACGCGGCUUCUUCACCAUACGCAAAAAGGAUCCGCUCAACCGGCUGCCCACCUCCUCGACCUGCUUCAAUCUGCUGAAGCUACCGAACUAUCAGAAAAAGUCCACGCUGCGGGACAAACUCCGCUAUGCUGUCAGCAGCAACACGGGCUUCGAGCUGUCGUAAGUUGGCUGUCGCGUCUGUCGGGUGGACUGUCCACAUAUCAGGGACUGCCGUGCGACAAUCAUGCUGAACUCUCUUGCACAUAUUCCUUAACCUUCCGCCCCCCC